UCCUCCUCGGAAAAACUGCACUGCUAACACUGCGUCCAUCGCCCUGCAUAGUCGUCUCCACCUUUCUAGCUCUGCGAGUUCCUUAGAUUGCACGCAUGAGAUACGUUUCGAUCUUACCAGUGUUUUGGCAAAUCGUUCAUUUCUAUCAUAUUUGACAUCUGGACAGUUUUCUUAGCCACCGCGUUCCGCUUCUACUCCUUCGAGCCCGCCUCACGAACGAAAAUAAGUGCACAGACACGCUAGGCAUGGACCGACCAGAACGAACGAGAAUGCAUCUUCGCGCAUUCUCUCCACCCAUCGCCCUCCUCAUCUCGCUCGUCGUCCUGGCCCCCUCGCACACUGUCGCAAAUGCCCAAGCGACUUCGCUAGAAAUCGAAGAGUUGAGUCCUUUCGAAACGAUAGACAGCGCAGUUGAUGCUGGAUCGUUCGGACCGCACGUCGACCUCUCUUCUUCCGGAACCGCCGCCGGCGGCGGCCGCGGCGGAAGCGGCGUUGCAGCCAGCGGCCGGCCGCCCGUGCCUCGUGUGGCCCAGCUGCGGGGUGCGAGCGACGCGGUAGCUGAGGCGCAGGCGAGCAGCGGCGUCGCAGGCGACAACUCGCGCGUCGCACGGCUGUACCUCUUGUCGAAAAAUACCUACCGUGCGAGAUGCCUGGACGGCAGUCCUGCUGGUUACUACCUUCGACGCGGGUUCGGCAGCGGCGCUAGCAACUGGAUCUUAAUUCUCGAGGCUGGCGGGUGGUGUUUCAACGCCAAGUCAUGCGCGAACCGAGCCAAGGGACCCCUUGGGAGCUCCAAGCAAUGGCCGCCCACCAGCAACGUGCAGUACGGCGGGGUGGGCAGCACGGACAGCGCCGUGAACCCCGCGUUCCACAACUGGAACCUGGUGCUCGUGAAGUACUGCGACGGCAGCUCCUUCACCGGCGGCUACGGCAAGCUGCGCGCCAAUGCGGAGACGGGGCGCGCACUGUACUUUCGAGGGCACUGGAACCUGCAGGGCACGCUGCAAGACCUGUUGACCCGCCAUGGCCUGAAUGUCGGCAAGCAGAUGCUGGUGGGCGGCUGCAGUGCGGGCGGCGUCGCCACGUCAAUCAAGUGCGAUCAGAUCUCGAGGUGGAUGGCAAACUACAAUGUUACAACCAAGUGCUUCAUGGAUGGAGGCUACUUCCCAGAUGUGGUGGAUGAGGACGGCAAGUGGACCAUGAGGCAGAAGGUGCAGCAGAUGGCGGGCGUGCAUGACAUGGGACGCACAGGGUUCAAUGCAGAGUGCAAGCGAGCAAUGAAGAAGACCAACGAGACAUGGAAAUGCUUUUUCCCAGAAUACAACCUGCAGUUCGCACGCUCGCCGAUGCUCAUCGUCAACUCCUUGUCCGAUUACAAAGCCAUAAGUUUGACCCUCGCGCCCAGGCCUAAGGGGACCUCUGACCCGCUGCUCCGGUGCCUCCGAUCCAGCUACCAAAGCUGCACCCCAGCCCAGGUGAAGCUGCUACAGUCCUUCUCCACUAAAAUCAGCACAUCCAUAGGGAAGCUUGUGAAGAUGAGGUCUGUCGAAAAUGAGGGGAUCCAGGCGUUUACGUUCUCGCAGUCUGCACACUGCGUGGUGGGAGAGGAGAUGUGGCAGAAGGUACAGUCGACUGCCAAGGCAUUCUCGUCUGUUCCACCCCCUUCUUCCUCGUCUCCGUCAUCGCCUCCCUUGGCAACAAGUGGUGCUAAUGGUGCACCUUUAGCCACGUCUUUCGUUAGCUGGUAUCGUAGUUGAGAAGAGUGGUCUAGGCUUGUUUGGUUUGAUGUAAUUCGUAAUUUAUUGGCAGGUGGAGCACAGUUUGUGCUUUCCCUUUUCAUACAUAAUUAGA